AUGAGUGACGAUAUUGAAUUGCCAGUUCGACGUAAGAAUCCUCGAUUGAUAAUUCCCGAUAUUGAAGAGUCAAAAACAAUUGAUCCUAUUAUCGGCUAUGCUGAAGAACCAAUUCUUCCGCUCGAUGGCGCAUGUACACCGUUGAUUCCAAUUAUCUUUAACAUAUUACAUUAUGUUUCCAUUGCUCUGGAAAACACUCCAGAUAAUCCAUCAGAUAGUCUGACACGCAACGAAUCAGCUGCAAUUUGUCUCUACACGAUGGAGUGGAAUGACGGCCAUAGAAGUCUUUAUGCCAUUCUCAAUGAAACACUUAGAACAGCUGAUCACGAAUACCUGCGACCUUGGUUCAAAUAUUUGAAGCUUUUUCUCACUGCUUUGGUCAAAAUGCCAUCCACACCUCAACAGACGGUUUGGCGUGGAAUACGUCAAGAUCUUAGUUCCGAAUUUUUCCGAGGAACUUCGGUGAUCUGGUGGAGUUUCUCAUCUUGCACAACAACGCUCACUGUGUUAGAGAAUAAUCUCUAUUUUGGUUAUGAAGGUCCAAGAACUCUUUUCUCUAUUGAAGUCUUCAAUGCCAAGAAUGUGCGAGAUCAUUCAUUUUUUCGCAAUGAAGACGAAGUUUUAUUGCUGCCAGGAACAUACAUGGAAGUACAAUCACAAUUGAAUCCAGCACAUGAUCUCCAUAUCAUUCAUUUGAAACAAAUGAUACCAGACAAUAUAUUACUCGAGCCGCCAUUUGAAGGUAUGUUAAAAGCCUAA